AUGGCUGUCAAAUUAGAGGAUGUUCACCAUGAGCCGUCUGAAGAAUACGACUCUGAAGAAUACGAAGAUGAUGAGGAGGUGCUCGGUACUGAGCACAUAGAUGUGGAAAUGGAAGAAUAUGAUUUCAAGACACAUGGUAAAGAGAGAUGCAAGGAUGCUUUCCUUAACUUCAGUUCCGAUUAUGAAGAUAAUGAAGCUGAUGAAGACAAUGACUUAGUUGAUGAAGAUGAAGAAGGGUUUGGUUCAAAAGAGGAAAUCGAUGACACAACAGGGGCUAAUGAUCUUGAUUUGGGAGAUGCGGUUGGUGCAGGCUUCCCCAUUCAUGACCCAUCAGUUAAGUGGAAUAAGAUGAAUCCCCUUCUUAAUGAAAGGUAUGAAUCACCACAUCAGUUGCAACAAUGUCUCACUAAUUAUGCUAUUAAGUCAGGGUAUAACAUUAAAUUUGUGAAGUUUGAUGCUGUGAGAUUAACUGCCAAAUGUGGUUCUAAGAUAAAGUCUCAACCCUGUCCAUUCAGAGUUCAUGCUUCCUGGAUAACUCAAGAACGGUCUUUUCAGAUUAAAACCUUAGUCAAUGAGCACAAAUGUGUUAGAAAUUUCAAUAUUUAA